UUUUAAAGAGAUUGAGCAUUACUUUUGAAUUAUUUUGUGUGACGUUCCUAUCGUGACCCGGAAGUAAGCAGCACGUGGCCGCACUAGCAGGUUAGCUGUGCUAGCUUGUGUGGAGACGACGACGGUGGGUGUUUUGUUCGGACGUUUGUGAGAUUUCUACAGAGAUUUAGCCAUACGUGGUUCGGUUGGUGUCUGUUGGAGCUGAAGAUAUUUUACAGCUGCAGGAACCAUGUCUUCAGAACCUUUGGAAGAGUCUGUCAGAGAACAACUUUCUGCUGAUGAAGAAACCUUCAGAUUCCGAGAAGGAACCAUCGUCCAGAAUGACGAUGGUCAGCGCAGACUGCUGGAUAUCACCUGGAACCCGCAGCUUCAGCUCCACCUUCUAGUCCUCCCCCAGCAUUGGGUGACUGAAGAGGAAGAUCUCUGCAACCAGCAGGGGAACUUAAGAGAGGAACAAGAGGAUCUAAAACUUCCACAGACUAAAGAGGAACUGAAGGAACCAAAACCUCCGCAGAUAGAAAUGAAAAAGGAAGUGACAGAAACUCCAAAGAUUAAAGAGGAACAGCAAGAACAAGAACUUCCAAAGAUUAAAGAGGAACAGCAAGAACAAGAACUUCCACAGAUUAAAGAGGAACAGCAAGAACAAGAACUUCCACAGAUUAAAGAGGAACAGGAGAAAACAGAAUUUCUGCAGAUUAAAAAGAAGCUGGGAGAUACAGAAACUCCACAGAUUAAAGAGGAACAGGAUAAACCAGAACCUCCAUGGGUUAAAGAGGAGCAAGAACACAUCUGCAUCAGUCAGAAUGAAGAACAGCUUGAUCUAAAGCAGGAGAUUGAUACAUUGAUAAUGAUUCCUUCUUAUGAGGAAAAUGAUCACAGUGAAGCAGAUCUAAACAAACAGAAGAGCUUCAGUGUAACUGAGAGUCAGGAUGAAGAAGGAAACCAACAUGAAGAAUCAACAUCAACUACAGAUGACGAGACAGAGCCACAGAACAGAGAUCAGAGGAAGAAAAGAGACAGAAGUCAUGUCCAAAGUGUGGCCAGCUCUCACACGUCAGAAAGUCAGUGUGACUCUGAUGUUAGAAAAAAAUCCAAGAAGGAAACUUUAGUAGAGGAACACAAACAAUCUCCAAAAGAAACAAAACUUUCCUCUAUUAAGUCUGGUGAAAGACAAAUAAUUGCACACAAUGUGUCUGCCGACAUGAGAGCUGAGUCUGAUGGAAAACCUCAUGUGUGCAAAGAAUGUGGUAGAGGUUUUGUUUACUUGUCUAAUUUCAGAAAACACAUGUGUACUCGCACAAGAGAAAGAAUUUUUUGUUGUCCAGAAUGUGACAGAAAAUUUAAACGAACAUCUCAUCUUACAUCACACAUGAGAAUACACACAAGAGAGAAACCUUUUCGUUGUCAAGAAUGUGAUAAAAGUUUUAGUCGAAU